GACUUCCGCCGGCUGCGAGCCCUCGCCGGUCCUCGGGGGCCCCGAGCGCCCUCUUUACCUGGUCGCAGGGGCGCGGCCAGGCAGGGAGGGCGCGAGAGCGUGCGGGCGACGCGGGCCACCGCGCCUUCCCGCCCAGCCCGAGCCGGGAUUCCGAAGCUACUUCUGGAAGCCGCGGCCUGAGGAGCACUCGCCUCCAGUGAGGCCCCGAGUAGCAGGGAGAACUAGUAAUAAACAAGAAGCAAUGUGUCUAGAAAGUCCCCCGCCCACCGUCAUUCAUAAUCCGGCGGACCGGAAAAGGCUCUGCGUCACUUCCUGCUGUCUCACUAGGAAACGUUCCCCUCCCGACCGGUUGCGGGAACCUUUGUUUCUCGCUUCUGAUGCCGGUUAGGGCGGGGACGGGUUCGAAAAGAGCUGCCGGGAACGGACAGAGUGGCGGGGCGGAGCGAAUUUUGCAGACCUUUGAUGUGUGGCCUCAACUGGACAGCCAUCGUUUAAGCUCCGUAGGACAGACAGCAAGCGUUAUCAGACCUGAGGGGGCCCCGCAGUAGGUGUUUACAAUGGCUGCUACUGUGAACUUGGAACUUGAUCCCAUUUUUCUGAAAGCACUAGGUUUCCUACACUCAAAGAGUAAAGAUUCUGCUGAAAAGCUAAAAGCACUGCUUGAUGAGUCUUUGGCUCGGGGCAUCGAUUCAAGUUAUCGUCCAACUCAAAAGGAUGUGGAACCACCCAAAAUUUCAAGCACAAAAUCUAUUUCUAUCAAGCCAGAGCCCAAAACAUCAUCUGCUCUCCCUUCUAGCAGUAGUAAUGGCAAAGUCCUUGCACCUGAAAAGAUAAAGAAAGAAGCUGAGAAGAGACCUGCUGAUAAAAUGAAAGAUGUCACUGAAGGAGUUGAUAUUCCGAAGAAACCGAGAUUGGAGAAACCAGAGACACGAUCUUCUCCCAUUACUGUGCAAACCAGCAAGGAUUUAGCUAUGGCUGACCUCUCCAGCUUCGAAGAGACUAGUGCUGAUGAUUUUGCCAUGGAGAUGGGCUUGGCCUGUGUUGUUUGUAGACAAAUGACAGUGGCAUCUGGAAAUCAAUUAGUGGAAUGUCAGGAGUGCCAUAACCUCUACCACCAGGAUUGCCACAAACCCCAAGUGACAGACAAAGACGUGAAUGACCCUCGCCUGGUGUGGUACUGUGCCCGGUGCACCAGACAAAUGAAGAGAAUGGCUCAGAAGACUCAGAAGCCACCACAGAAACCAGCUCCCACUGUUGUUUCUGUGGCUCCAGCUGUCAAGGAUCCGCUAGUUAAGAAACCAGAAACCAAACUCAAACAAGAGACAGCCUUCCUGGCAUUCAAGAGAACAGAGGUUAAGCCACCCACGGUUAUUUCAGGAAAUUCUUCUAGUAACAACGUGUCCUCUUCAGUAACUAGCGGCCUAACUGGAUGGGCAGCUUUUGCAGCCAAAACGUCUUCAGCUGGUCCAUCAACAGCAAAGUUGAGUUCCACAGCACAAAACAAUAGUGGAAAACCUGCUGCCUCGUCAGCUAACCAGAAGCCUGUGGGGUUGACUAGUCUGGCAACAUCAUCCAAAGGUGGGCUAGGUUCCAAAAUAGGCUCUGGUAGCAGCUCUUCCCCCUCUGUACCACUAAAACCGCUUCCCCCUCUAACCUUAGGCAAGACUGGCCUGAGUCGCUCAGUUAGUUGUGAUAAUGUCAGCAAAGUGGGUCUUCCCAGUCCCAGUAGUUUAGUUCCUGGAGGGAGUGGGCAGCUGAGUGGGAAUGGGAAUAGUGGCACAUCAGGGCCCAGUGGAAGUGCCACAAGCAAAACCACCUCAGAACCCAGCAGCAGUCCCUCAGCAUCUCUGAAAGGUCCAACUUCACAAGAAUCACAGCUCAACGCUAUGAAGCGAUUACAAAUGGUCAAGAAGAAAGCUGCCCAAAAGAAACUCAAGAAGUAAUGUGGCCAAAUAGGUUUUUAUAUCAUAUUGCUCUAAAGAGUAAAAAAAAAAAAAAAUCCUUAUUGGAACAAAAGAUGUAAUAUACUGUAACUUAAUAAAAAUCAUGAUGAUCAGAUCUCUAUUGUUUGUUACAUUAAAGUGCUAAUAUUAUUUAGCCAAACUUGGAACCAUUUCUUUCAGCCUGUUUAGCAUUUUUAUUUUAUGAUUUCCAUAAUGUACAAAAACAGUGACUGUGACUGGUACAUGAUGAGAGCUUUAGAGGAUUGGUGGCAUAUGCAGAUAUAAAGAAAUGCUUCGCUUGGCAAAAUACCCCAGAUUUAAAACUCCUGAAAUAAGGUACCUGAUUGAGUUCUCUGCCUUUUAGGGAAAUCUCUCCCUUUUUCUCCUGUGAACUCUACCCAUAAUUCCAUCCUAUGGGAGGUAGUCCAAGUCUUUGCCUUGUAAGCUAAUGAGUUAGUCGGCUAUCAGUUUACAUAUAUAAUCCAACAAAGAAUAGAAUGCUUUCAAUAUCAGACCAAUAAAUGUAUUGUAGCAAAAUGCAACGUCCUUUUUACAGUCGACAAAUACCUCAUCUCUUCCCAAAACUGAAUCUUGUAAUCUCCUAUAUUCACUGAGUAGAAUUGUUUUAUCACCCAGGUGUGCUGCAAAAUCUAAACUCAAAGCAUCUUCCUUUACCCCUAGGUUCCCUAAUAUUAUUCUAAAAUAAAUUGAUAAAUAGUCUUUGUGAAGAUAAAA